UGUGAGAUAAAAUCUUGUCAUCAUUAGGGAAACUUGUCCAGCUAGGCUGCUCUUGGCUACAGUUUUAUUUAGUCACACCUCCUCCUACUUUAUGAUGAUUUGAUACCACACAUACUUUGUUGUUCUUGAUGUGCCUCUGCAGUUGGCAGAACAGUACUAAGGAUGUUAGAUCUGCUUGAUAUUUUCAAUCUGACAUUGCAGCUCUGAAAUAAUGGUGCAGACCUGCGUUCCCCAAUCUGGAGCCUACAAUUGUGGUGUACUAUAACACCCACAAACUCAAUUAGCACAAGCAAUUGAAAGGAUAGGAAUUAUAGGUUAACAUGUCAGCAGGAUAUAAAGUUAGAGAGAUGGAUACUAAUGAAUAUAAGCUUCACUUUUUAUUUUGGCUAAAGGAACCUGGAGUGAAUUUUCUACUUAGGGCAUGCUAUAAUGACUGAAUUUGGGAUCACGAUUUGGGAGAUCUGGUUUCAAAUGUUUGCUUGCACAUGAAGCUCAAAGAGGAACUGCUUGGUCUAGCCAACCUCACAGAUUGUAAUGGACAUAAAUUUGGAGAGGAGGAAAAUGUCCCUAUUUUGGUUCUUUAGGAUAAAUAAAUAAAUGUAUUGAAAUGUCUAUGUGGGGUUUUGGGAAGGGCCAUAAGUACAGCAUCAGGUUUGCAUGCAAAUGACCAAAGGAUCAAUGCCUAGAAUUGCUUGGUUGAGGUCAGAAGGUCUUGUGUGGAACCAUUGAGAGUUUUUACUAGUCAGUAGUGAAUGGGGUGGUCCUCCAGAUGUUUUUGAACAGCAGCCGCCAGCUUUCCUCUCCAUUGGGUAUAUUGGAUAGGGCUGAUGGGGAUUUACAAUUGCGUUAUACCCAUCACUAUUAUAGAACUGGGAUUCUCAACAUUUUCACCCCCCGUUCCCAGAAGCCCCAGGCAGCAUAAUCAAUUGUAUGGGAUUUUGGAAGUUGAGGUCCAAACACAUAGACAGUUUAAAGGCUGCUGUAGUUAAUACUGAAUAUUGUUUCCUCAUUCCUUUCCACAUAGAAAAUGGCAACAAUCCCAUAUGUCUUAUCACAUACUUCUGAGUAAGUGUAGAAAGAUUUUUAAAUGAAUAGAAUUAGUGCCACCAUAUCUAAUGGAUGUGAAAUAAGGAAUCCAGGAGAAUGUCAUUUUGAAGCUAGUCAGUGGGGUGUUGUCACUCUUGAGUAAAUAUGCAGAGACCUCAAGCCAUGGUUUGUAUGCUGCAAUGAAGACACUAUAGUGAACAUUGGUAUAGAUUACAGCUAGGCUUUCUCACCAUGCUUUGGCUUUACUCUAUGCCCUUUACCUCAUCUGUCUUUUCCAAUUUGAAAGAGAGCUCCUUGGGAUCAUAAUGAUUCUACAAAUUGUAACAUGUGUUUGUUUGCUGUGAACCAUCUGCCUUGGGUUUGCAAAUGCUGAGAGGUAUAUUGGUGGGCUGGUCACUUUUGCUAUCCUUCUACCUAACUUCCACUUAAGGUUGCCAGAUCAGGGCUAUCACAUGCCUUGAGAUGUCAGGGUCAAAUCUUGAAAUCAAGGAACAAUUCCAUACAAUGUCAGAGGAGGUACUCCCUGGUGAUACCUGUUAAGCAGUUAAAUGUAUAAGCUGGACUUGUACUCAGAAAUGAGUUAACUCCCUUGGUCUUAACAGCCAGCAACCAUGCUGAGGUUUGCUCUGCUGGUGAUCAAAGCCCAGGCGCAUGGUGUUUCCAACCCUGUCCCCUCAGUGAGUGAGGCUGCAAGAAGAAGAAGCACUAUAGAACAGAUCUCAAUUGCUCCAUGUGACUGCUGACUGUUAAGGCAGAUUUAGGGGUUGGGUCAAGGGAUGACACCUAGUUACAUAUUCACAACUAUGUUUAUGAUGUAGGAUGUCAGCACACAGUAACUUUAACCAGAUCGUAGGGAAAAAUCACGAUUUCCCACUUAUUAUUUUUCAGGUCUUAGACUUCCACAUGCAACAUGGCUAGUGGUCAAACUAUGGUCAAACUAGCAGGGGUAUUUGGGGAACUAUAGUCCAAAAGCGUGGCUUAAACUGCUAACUCAUGUUGUGUUCUGGUACCUUUUGGGAUUUAAGCAGCUAAACUGCUCCUGUUUCUUGAUUUUACCCACCUUGAUCAUCUUCUGGUUUAUUGUGUGGCUAGAAGAGAGAGGAAGGCUGAAUUGGAUUGGGAAGAUGGAAGUAGAUUUCAGCAUGCUCAGACCAUUUCUUUCUAUGAGAUAAAUUAUAUGUGGAAGGGAGUUCAAUUUACAUUGUAAUAAGAUUUUUCCAAAACCUUCAGAUUUCUCCAUCAAUUAAAUGGAAAGGAUAUGACUGAAAAAAUGGAAUGUGGAAGAAAGACAGAGAAUUCUGAGUCCCAAGCUCUUAAAAGAAAGAAUCUGAAUUCUCUCAGAACUCAACCAGCUAACUUCUCCUCUCUCUACCUCUGAUCAUCCUUCCUAUAAAUCACCUGUUGCCCAUUUCCUUUCUCCAACUAACAUGAAAAUCAACCAUGAAUUGGCCUUUCCUGCUGCUUACGAAGCUUCUUCUAUGCAAGAAUCCCAUCGCCAAUGGCAGGCUGCAAAUGGAUCCUCUAUACAUCAGUCAUCUACUUAUUUCCAUUCUUCCACAUCUUCCAGUUUACCUUCUUCCAUACUCAAAAGACCUUCCUUUCCACUUGACAGCCUUUCAGACAGUGCUCAGUUAACCAGUGGGCUCCAAGGUAAUGGUCCUCACAAGUUAAAUGAGACCCCCUCCCCACCGCUUUUAAUUCACAAGGACUCACUGCAUCCGUCACAAGUUCUCAGUUCACUAGAUGUCCUUCAGAGCUCAUCCCCUAAGGCUGUUUCUCCUCUUUCUUCCAAGAAACUUACCACGUGGUCUGUGGUUCCAAUCUCAAUCACAACCCACUUAUUAUCUCCUAGUCCAAAGCCUCUGUCUUCCCCUUUGUAUGGUUCUUCCUCCACCAUAUAUAGUGUAAACAAUCCCUGUAGCCAAAUGUCAUCGAGUGGAAAUCUUUUGACCUCUGGCAUUCAGUCCCCUCUCCCAACAAGGCUCUCUCUUUUGACAGCUAUUCUGAAGUCAGGAUCCUCUCCUAAAAGGCCAUUUUCUCCUGCGUCCUGUCCUGUCACCCUUUCUCCCAGUUCCUUAGGCUCGUCAACACCAACAAUAGACCCAAAGUUGAAAACAACUCCUCCAACUCCCAAGAAAUCUUCCUCAAGUUUAUCUUCUGUUAGGUCUGCCUCUCCAAACCAAGAUGGAUUCCAACUAUCAGUAUUUUCUCAUGUGCCAGAUAACACAUCCUUGUCCCCAAAAUUCAGUCCUAAUCUUGGAACAAGAGCAUUGUCCUCUAAAAGGCAUCUCAGUGCCAUGGCACUCUCUCCUGACAAAUUACGUCCUUUGUCCCCAACAAUUUCAUCCUACAGAAAAACAACGGUAUCUCCUCUCUUCCUGCCCAAAUCACCCAAUUUUUCCUUACCUCCUCAUGGGUUGAGAAAGGGGGCCCUCUCCCCUGCUGACAGAACACAGGCAACUGAAAAGUCCAAGAAGAUAAGCACCUACUCUCCCACGUUCACUGCCAAAUCCAUUCCUGUGUCAAUGUCUGUUCUCAAUCAAAGAGACAUAGUUUCUCCCACUUCAAAAAAAGCUUGCCUCUCUCCAACUCAGAGACAUUUUAACAACCAGUCUAUGGGACGCUUACGACAUGCUUCUGCUAAAGAUCCAGAUGCCCAUUUGUCAGCACCUUGCCAGCCCUUUUCUCAAACAGGCACAGCAUCACCUACUCCUCCAGCUAGUAAUAUUAACCCUCCUUCCUCUCAAAUAAAUUCUUCUUCAGUUUACUCAAACUUCAGAGCUUGCCCAUCCUCUUCAAGAUCCAGAACCCCAACCAUAACACAGCCUCUGUCUCCAACCAGGGUGCACUCACCUUGCGCCAUAGCAUCAAGAUCCAGGGAAUCAACUUCUCCACUGUUCUUCUCUCUGCCUUCUGACUUUGAGAACAAAAUUCCCAAGAUCAAGACAAGCUAUAAGGCAUUUGCAGCGAUCCCCACCAACACCCUGCUUCUGGAGCAGAAGGCACUUGAUGAACCAACCACAGGAGAAGGAGUUAUUGAGGACAGAACUCUGGAUACACAUUCAGAGAUGUGCUCUCCUGCUCAGCUCAGGCAACAAACAGAAGAGCUGUGUGCUGCUAUUGAUCAAGUCUUACAAGAUCCCUUGGCUAUGCGCCGAUGUGAUUCUUCUCCAAGCUCCCUGCAAAACAUACGGGAUUCAGACCUAAGCAAAUUAUCUACACCUUCACAGAGAUCAGUUGGACGGGAAACCAGAUUUGCUAACCUCUACUUGUCGGGGCCUAUAGUGACUGAAAGUCAGAAGACAAAACCUGGUGUAAUCCGCCCAACAAUAGUGAAAGCAAAAAUAAUAGUAAAAGAAGAGGAACCUGUCCAGCCAAAUCCAUUCAAAAAGUACUUAGAAGAAACUAUUGAUCUCCAAAUAGAACAGGAUUCAUCUCUUUCCCAUGCUUUUCUCCAUACUAAACUGAACCCACCUACUAAAUCCCCAUUACAUCUUCAGACUUUCUCAUUUGCUGACUCUCUAACUCCUGGACCAUUCAACCAUUUGGGUUCCAUCUUUGGGGAUGUUUAUAACAAUUCUUAUAGUCCUUACCAUCACAAUGCUUUGUAUAAUAAGCCUACUCAUCCAAUAGUACCUAUUCCAGAAGAUGAAGCGCUCAGCUCUAAAGAGCUCUGUUCCACUACCAUAAAAGACAAAGCUCAUGUUCCACUCUACCAAGAAAAGAAAGAUACCAGGAAAGAAAGCUCUCCAGACAAUGGAGGUCCUCACAGCAAAGCUCAACGUCUACUCAGAAGAGAUCUUGGGAAUGGUGUUGGAAAAUCCAGCUAAGGCUGCCACUGUAAGGGUUCGAUCUCUAAGAGCUAGCACAGACACUGGAUAGUGUUUAAUGUUAAUUGUAGAGAAUAUUUAACAGUCAGAUUCAAUGCUGCCAAGAAAUCCUUGCUGAAGAAAACUGCAACUUAAUAUUGUGCUCCACCCGCAUUGCCUGUAAUAUAACUUUAAAAUAUUGGUAACACAUCAUACAUAACCAUGAUCAUAACCAUGAAAUGACUGUGGGAAACAUCCAUACAAUCUCUCAAAUUGCCAAAUGGAUUUUUAAUGGAUAUUGAAGAAAAUAGCAUCAUUUUUGGAGAAAGCUACUUACACGCUGAAAUAAAAUAAAACUGAAUGUGA